CUCAUUGCUGUUGCUAUGGAAACUGACUCUGUUGUGUUUUUUUUUUGUCUUUCAGUCCAAGCCCACCUGACAUACGAACUCAAGUCUCCUCACAGAAACGCAAGGAAUGCAAAUAAAAUCGCCACAAGGGCCAUUGCCUGGUCACCAGAUGGCAAAUACUUCGCUUGGUCAUGUGGUAAUGGCUAUGUGGUUUUAUGUCCAUGGGACGCUCAACUCAACAAAAUCUCUCUGGAAUCUAAGCACACCAUAGACUGUGGCGAACACGUGUGCUCCCUGGCGUUCAGUACAGCCCCCAAACCGAAAAAACUCCAGCAAGACUACCACCUCUGCAAUGGCGACACAACCAUUCUGGAUGACGGCUCCAACCAUGACCGACCCUGCUUGAUUCCGUUCGACAAGUGUCUGGUGUUGGCCGUCGGAGUAAGUUCCGGCAGGAUCCAACUGUGGAACGCUUACAGUGGACACCUGCUCCUCUACCUCCACGACCACACCAAACAAGUCAGUUGCCUUGAUUUUGCUCCCAACAGCAGCCUAAUGCUGCUGUCUGGCUCCCAUGAUGGUACCCUAAAGUUCUGGGACCUCCACGAUGAUGGGAACAUGACCCACACACUUCAGAUGCCGAUGCACAGCGCCGUGUACUGCUGCAAGUUCUCUCCGCAAGCCAACUACCUCGCUGCAACUGGCAUCAACAGACUGGUUGUUAUCUGUGAAACCUCCAAAAGCAAAAGAUCUGAUCCCGUCCGUAAGUUAUACGGUCACCAAAACGUUGUUGUGUCCUGCGACUUCUCACCAGAUGGCGCUCUGUUGGCCACAGCAUCCUACGACACGAGAGUCAUCAUCUGGAAUUGGUACAAAGGAGUCUGUCUCAGACAGUUGGGACACCUGUUUCCAGCGCCCCGGCCAAUAUUUGCUGGUGGAGCAAAUGAGUAUCAUGUCAGAUCUGUUGCAUUCUGUGAUUUUGGAACCAACAUAUCGACUGUCGCUGAUGAUGGUUAUGUGAGAGUCUGGAAUCUCCUGUCCCUCAGCAAAAACCCUGAAGUUAUUGUUCAUUUGAAGAAUGCUCUGUGUUGUUCGUUUUGUCCCAACAACAGCUUGGUGGCCGUGGGGACCCAAACUGGAGAUGUCUGUUUCUACACAAUACCCUACCAACCGCCCAAGCUGCAGCACCUGUGUCGCAGAGUUUUGCGCUUCCAUUUGAGCCAGCCAGACUCCAUCUCUCGGUUAGACAUACCGGCCUUCCUUAAGAAAUACCUUUCCUACAAGGUUUGGUGAGGCACACCAAUUUGUUAACCUCAAGAGACACUCUGACCGAAGGAAUCGGUCAGGAACGGGCAGAAGGGGGAAGGGGACAAUCACGCACACACACCACACACAUACACACACUCACAUCUACUCACAUAUGUAUGUUUAUAUUUAUAUAGAACAUAUAUAUAUAUAUAUAUAUUAUA